GACGGGUUGCCCGGCAUAGUGGAGGAGGCGGCGGCGGCGGCGGCCGGGUCGGUCCGCCGCCGCCGUCGGGGUCUCCCGUCGAGCUCCACCAGCAGCUUCCACACGGCCAGCCCCGGCGAGACAUCUUCGGGACUCCUCUCAGAUUCCCCAUAAGGCGUACCCCUUUUUUCCCCCCUUUGCUUCGCUUCUUGACCGUGGCUAGGAUUCAAUGGGAGCGAAAGGAAAAAAAAAUCCUAAGGAGCCAUAGAACCGAUAUGAAUGGAUCAUUAUCAAGACUUAAGGAUGAACACGAGACUGAAAUAAUUUGCUGCUGAACUUGGAAAACUAACACAAACAGUGCUUCCUCUUUAUAACUUUUCCUGAAUAUUCACUAACGACACCAAGGACGGCACCUGCUGAUGAAGAUGCGUUUCUGCUCAUCACUGUUCACUACUACAUGGCACCUGCUUUAUCACUCGUAUAAUACCUGCAUACGAUGCUCACCACUUUAAUUCAAGUGGUUUCCAGUUUAACACACCAUUGUAAACAUACAUGCUGGAUAAUAUCCUCCACAUGCUGUGCGGGUGAUGCAUGGGGGGGGUGCGCGGAUUCUUUGAUCAUAUAUUUUACCACAGAGGUUAAUAGAGGUUGGGAGAAGCUUAAUUGUUGUACCAUAGUUAUCUACAACACUGGAUUUUGCUACACUGCCCUCUGCUUUGUUUAUCACCGUUGCUGAGCAAAGGUCCAAAAGCGUAGCAGAGAGCGAUAUUGAAGGGUGCAGCCAUUCGACAGCCUUCAAUGCUAUUUUCAGCAUGUUGGUCACCUAUCCCAAGCAUUAUCCAGGUGAAAUACCUGCUUAGCUUCCGAGAACUAAAAAAAAUCGAGUGCAUCUCGAAGAUGCGGUCAUAAGCGGACCAUUCUGGGCCGUGUCAAAUGUGGCUGGCUUAUGAACUCAGAGAAUUAUAAAUAGAAGCUUGCUCCUGCAAUUUUAUCAAGUUGCACUCGUACCGAUUAUAGCAAUGGAGUGGCUGUGCUCUCAUAGACAUUUUUUUUAUUUUAAAUCAAAUCCCAGUGGAAUACUGUACAUAAAAAUAAGUAUAAUUUGUGGGAACUCAAAGUUACAGUAUUGAUCAAAGAAAUGCACGUGAUAAUGUGUGUUAAAUGUUUCAUUAUGCAUAGCCCUUUUGCCAAUCCCACUGCUGGAUGAGGACUUUUUUUUCAAUUGGCAGGGCUUAUUUAGACAUACUUCACCACGUUGUGAUAUUUAAAACACGACUUUUGCAACUGUGUAGGUUAAACAUUUGUCGGUAAAUUAAAGUUGCAAGAUUCAGAGAGUAUGAGCUGAGUUGUAUGCAAAGACAUCAUUUACACUAUGUUCAUGUUUAAACUGAUCAUUGAUAUUUAUGAAAAUACAUUUCUCCGUUGUGUAAAUACGAAUCUGUAAAGAACAUAUCGUGCUCAUGUUUACUGCAGUACCGUAUUAGGGGUGUAAUGAUGCACCGAUUCAUCAAUUAAUGUUGAUUCUUAAGCUCAUGAUAUAUGCACAUAUUUUAUAUGGGGGUGUUGUGGUGGUGCAGUGGUGAGAGCCUUGUGCUAUGAACUCACCAAUCCAAGUUCAAUUCCGGGUCAUGGCAGCUAACAUCAGUGACAAGUGAUAUCUGAACCGGUCCUGGGAAGACCUUCAUCCAGAAGUGGAUUGACAAAGGGCUGGAAAUUAUGUAUUACUUAUUUAUAUUUGGUGUCUUAUGCGUUUAUGUGACCCUGCAGCCACUAAUGGCCACUACAAUCACUGCAAAGUUGAAAGAAAAAAUAUUUAUUCUUGACUGAAAUCAGGACCCUGAAUUGCAACAAUUACUUGGAUCAACGCACCAGUAACACAGGACAUCAUUAAGCUGUUUUCCUAUUUUAUGAUAGAAAAAAAAUACUUUUAAUAUUAAAUACAUUUGACAAGUCAUGACAGAGCAACUGCCAAAUCUUUUCUGGAUACCCAGCCUUUUAAAAUAUAAUGGCUUUUUAGAAAUGUGUGCGUUUUGACAGUACUCUUGACUAUUUAGUGUUCGAAUAUUUAAUUUUCAACACAAACAAAUCAUGUGUGUUGUUGACACUUAUUUUACACAUCAUUAAACGAUGACUGAAAUAUUCCAUUUGCGGUAUUUUCAAUUUUGGUAAGUGCAAGACAUUUACUUCACAAAGUUUACUCUCAAUUUUAUAAAAACACACAUUUCAUUAAUGCAAACGGCACACUUUAACCUCAUUUUCAUUACUUACUGAAGCAUACAUUGUGGCCUAGAAGUCGAUAAUAAAAUCCUGUGUUACAGUACCUUGCCAUAUAAGUUGGUAAAACAUAAUCCCAGUGUCAAUGAUGAAUGUGCUACGGUUUUUACACUUUCCAUUUAAGGUUGAACACGUUUGUGUAUUACUAUAGUUAUCUGUGCAUCUGUCCAUAAUGACAGUGCACUGCAGCUGUUGCAAAAAGGAUUCGAUAUUAAUUCAUUUGUCGUGUAAACCUGUGUUAUUAUUUGGGACUUAUUCAAUCGAAAAUAGCCAAAUUGACAAAGUUUUCCCAAAACUUGGAGACAAACACAGAACAAACAUGUCUUGGCAAAUACUAGAUACAAUACAAACAGGAUUUGCCCUGACAGCUACAAGUCAGCUUCCAGACCCCUAGUUAAAUCAUUUACGAAAACAAACGUGUGUUUGAAAGCGUUCCAUAAUCCAUGCAGAUGCAUGAUUUUGUCCUAACUGUUUUACUUUGUAUUGGUACACCAUUGCCAACGGAGUCGCUUAAGUUUCAGUUUUUGUGAGUGCCAUCCUGCAUUUUUUGAAUUGUGCGCGUGUGUUUGCUGAUGCGUGUUUUCCUUUCUGCAUGUUGGCUUUAACAGCAGUGAUUCAGAAGAUGAAUUCGGCGACACAGUGGAUGGCCCAGGCCGGCCGAUGAUACUGCUGGAGGAGGAGGAGGAGGUGUGUUUUGACGAGGAGUUUGAGGAGCUGGUGCAGCGAGCAGACAGGCUGCAUGCGGCGGGCCCAGGAAGCUGGAACGAGGCUUUAAAUGCUCUCAUCUGCGGUCAGAACAAGUUUGCCAGGCGCGGAGCGUUUUGGUGGCGGAUGGCUCGUGCCUUCGGGGAUAUGUGUGAAAUUACCGAGGACAAAUCUGAGCGGCUGAUACACGCGCUCACCGGCAAAGAGUCAGCAGAAAAGGGCCUCAAGUGGAGAAGUUGCAUCAGGGAAUGCCGCAAAUGGUUUGCUAUCAUUUGCUUGGACUAUCUGUGGGAAUUACAGACGACUCAGCACCAGAUGAGAAACAGCUUUUCUGUUAAGAGGCACCUGGAGCAGACUCUGGCCACCAACCCCUCGGACCCCGAAAUGCUGCACCUGCUUGGACGCUGGGGCUUUGCAAUGGCCAACUUGACGUGGAUUGAGAGGCGAGUUUGCAACAGCAUCUUCAAGGAUUACCCAACGUCCUCUGUGAAUGAAGCUCUUCAGUAUUUCCUUAAGGCUGAAGAACUCCAGCCGAACUUCUCCAAGGCCAACCAGGUGUUCAUCGUAAAGUGUUGCGCUUCACUAGGUCUGCAGGAGGAGCUGCAGAGGUGGACUGCGUCUGCUCAGAAGCUGCCCGCUCUGACUGCCCAGGACCGCAGAGUACAGCAGGACCUGGAACGCCUGAUAUCAGUGUCAUCUCGGUCCGGUGAUUCCACACUGCUGAUGAGCUGAAGCGGUUCCCAACGCAACCACGCACCUCCCCGCGUCAUCUCGAGGACCCGGCAAUCACGUACUUCCUGCUCCACUUUGUUGACCUAUAGAGAGAGCAGGACAGUCCAUUGCAUCCCCAGUGUUGGUUAAAUCAGCGGUCUCCAACCUCUCCAGCGCCGUUUGUUUUUUACUCAUUUUGGCUAGGGUUAGCUUGUGGGCUUAACCAAAACUGUGACAAGUGCGCAGUGCGGGAAAGAGGCACGGACAGAAGUGGUAAAUAAUAAAAUAAUGGGCGGGCCACGCGCGGACUCACCGCUCACCUCCUGCUGUGCGGCCCGGUUCCUAACAGGCCACGGACGGGUACUGGUCCGGUUGGGGAACCCUGGGUUAAAUAACAGCGAAGGCUAUCAGGGGCAUUGUGAAACAGGUAAUAGGGCAGAAGAGUGGUGAUGUGCACUGGGUGUGGUAAGAAAGUGAAGAACGCUAUAUAGAAAUAACGUUUAUUUGCAGGGAAAGUGGCUUAUUUGGGGCUUGCUGAUCAACCUCACUGGACCUGUUUAGAGCCAUAGUCCAGUGGUGUUCACAGUCACCUUCUUGGCCAGCAGCAAUGAGCAGCGUCAAUUUCACUAACGUAAUUUAUUUAAAACGUGCUUCCUCGUUCUGAAUCUCAUGCUGCUGCUGCCACUGCAAAGAUGUUCACCAUAACCACCCUCUCCAGAUCGCAGAUGGACACACCUGUUAGUAGUCCAUGAGUCCAAACCAAAUAUUUCACUUUGUCGGUACCACAUGAGGUGGCUCAACUGUAAAUGUUGUGAUAACCACUCAAGACAAUUGGGUUAUCAAACAUUUACUCUUAUUAGCCAUAUAACUCAAUCGGUACUCUUAAAGUUUUUCUACCUUAAGUGGUACCGAUUUCAGUUCUUCCCAUGGACUAUAAAUAACCACUAACCGAAGUGGUUUUUCCUCAUUGGGCUUUGUGUUGAGCAAUUGUUCUCUCAAAGCUUUCGCCAUAAAACUUGGAUCACAGUCGGCUGUGAAAAAUGUAUCUGUAAGACCCCCUUAAAAUAUUUUAGAAACCGAAUUUCUAGCAAGUGGGCCGUACCUGGUUAGAUAAAAAAAAUAGUUUAGUUUAAAAGUUGUUCCCCAUGGAAAUGUUUGAAUUGUUAUUAAGUUGGCCUGGUAUCGUUUACUUGUUUGAGCUUUAGUUUCUCACCUGAACGUUAUUUUGAGAUUGCUUAUCCACUGCACUUGGAGUGAAGCUGCACUUUUUUGCCGAGUGCUUACAUUUUGUCGUUUUUUUGAGUUAGUAUUUAAUCUGAAUGUCUUGGCAUUUAUCUCAGGUUAUUUACACGUGUGUUUGUAUUAAUAGGGUUCAGCGUUGCUUACUUAAAAGUCACUAAAUGAAAGUUAGUAAGCUCUUUAGAUUCUCAGGUGAUAGUACUGAUUAUGGGAAUUGACUAGCUGGCUUGUCCUUUAACACUUCAGACUUGUUCCUAUGGUAUGAAAUAGUUGUUGGUUAUUUAAACCCUUCAAAUCAGCACUUAAGAUGCAAACCCAAAAACUAAUGGCUCUUAUUUUGUAGAUGUGUGCGUAGGCUGUGCCCUCAACCAUCCAACAUGAAGUUGGUCCUUUAUUUAAAUGAGAAAAUACCAGUUAUCUUAAUCUUGCUACCGAAUAUUAUCCCUAUUGUAUUAUUGGUAAUGCACCGUGAAAUGAAGAAUCCACUUGGAACUCGAGCGAUGCAGCGCACCACCCCGUGUUAAAGAAUGGUCCACAGAAGUAAAUGCCACAGAACUGCUUUUGAAAACUCCAGGGACCUCUUAGUCACACUAGGGGGCAGCAUUUUUCCACCCACCCUGCUAUACGGAGAUUUGUUGCACGAUAGCCAAUCCAAUAUUUACAAUUCUCAUAACUGGAAUUUAGUCACGUGUAAUACCAAAAUCAAUAUUUUUUGUUCAGUCCUUUAUGGCCAGGGUUGAGACCAUUAACUCACUACACGUAAGAAUCCCAGGUUAAGCAGAGGCAGCUGAGAAUCUGAUUUGAAUACAGGAUCUCAGCGGAGCUGCAUCAGUGCAUGAAACCUGGUCACCUCGAUCAGGAAACACUUUAAAGCCUCGAGCAUUCUGCUGCUGUCACCAGAGCGUACUGUGUUGGCGGCGCACUCGAGUGUAACUUUAAAGUUUUUUUUAUUCACCAAGCUUCAAGCUUGUGUGGGACAGGCUAGGAGACAAUGGCUACAAAAGCCUAUUUUCGUUCUUUUUAAACCCAAAGCAGUAACAACGGUUGCCAUUUACACCAUCAACUGUUAAAAUCACCUUCUGAAUCGGUAUGCUGCAGCGAGCAUGGUGGCCGACGCUUUACUUGACCGUAUUUCAUUUGUUAAAUUGCGCACUUGUUCCCAAGCUUGUAUCUUACUGCACUGGUUGAGAACUCGCAGCCUCCAGGAAUGUCCGUCGCUGUACUUUUUCAAUAUCGGCCGAGUCUUACGGAGGAGUGUUUCGCUGUCGUGUGAAUGCAGGUAACGUACAGACGGUUGUGCGCACACCUUGCGUCGUUUCAAAGGCAGGUCUCCAAAGAUGGCUGUUGUGGGUCCCUGAGGACUUAGAGGUCGUUGUGUUGGAUAGUUAUGAAUCAAAUAUGGCUAGCUCUUACAGACCAGGGGCGGGGGUGGGAUCCUUUUCCCAAAUGACAGCCAAAUAAAAAGUAUUAAGCUUUCGUGACUGCAUAAAAUUACUCAUUGGUUUUUUCGGUAAAGUCACGUAUGUAGAAAUACAAUAAAAUUAUAUUAAAACAAAAAACAAUCACGACGUUUCGAUCACAACGCAA